UUCAGUAAAUAGUGUAGCUGUCAAAGACGCUUGGGAGAGUUUACUGUCGGAUGAUCUAUCUAAUUGCUUUAAAAGUAUGAGUCGUACCAUCAAUCUACAAUAUAGUUACAUUGUAUCGAAUUGCAGGCCUAUCUAUUUUAACGUGCACUUUUUCUUUUUUGACAUAGCUUUAAUGCGUUUUAAUUAACCAGCAUUGUGAAUGAUUCCGUUCAUUAGUACGAGAUGGACAUCAUAGAAACGCGGGGUUGUCACGCUCAGGUUUAACUAUUGUUGUAAGACUAUCCGCCUUCGUCCAUUGGAUUUUGGUAUACAACUAAAGUUCUUCACGUCUGAAUUCCCUGGAACGAUAUAAGGAGCUCCAGAGGGUGCAGAAUGGUGAACAGCCAGGUGGCUGGCAGUGUGGCGUCGCCCCCCAGGUCCUGUGCUGGAUGCGGGGGAAAGAUCGCCGACCGCUUCCUGCUCUUUUCAAUGGAGCGCUACUGGCACACGCGUUGCCUCAAGUGCUCCUGCUGCCACGCUCAGCUGGGUGACAUUGGCACCACCUGCUACAGUAAAGGAGGCAUGAUCCUCUGCAGGAGUGAUUAUAUCAGGUUGUUUGGGCACAGUGGGGCUUGCAAUGCCUGUGGCCAGUCCAUCCCGGCCAAUGAGAUGGUGAUGAGGGCACAGGGAAAUGUCUACCAUCUCAAGUGUUUCACCUGUGCCACCUGUAGAAACAGGCUGGUGCCCGGCGACCGCUUCCACUAUGUGAACGGCACCAUCUUCUGUGAGCAUGACCGGCCAGGGGCUGGCCUGCUGAACAGUCACCUGCCCUCACUGCAGAGCAACCCUGUGCUGCCUGACCAGAAGGUGUGUUGAGUGGUCAGACGGGGGUCGUGUGCCAUCCAACUUCCUGGUCUCCAUGCUCACCCUGCCCCUGAUGCCGUUGGGGAUCACCUUCCACCCUCCUGUCUCUUUGACCCGGGGGGGUUGUUUUUGCUUGCAGUAUCAACUUCAGAUGUGUUGUCUAUCCGUUCUUGAGGCACUGUACACAGACACACUGUCAUGGCUAGUUGCGCGUGAUGUGGUCCGAAUAUCAAAGACAUUAACACGGACCACAUCAUUUACGUAUGGCUACAUCACACUGAGUCCACAUGUUGUAAAUAAAGGACACGCAGUCGUGUCCGUUUCCAGAACUUCGGAGCAUGCAGACAAAUCCUGUGUUUUAUGGGUAUUGCCAGGACACAGAAGAUUAAAGUUAGCAGAAGUUUUUACAGACCACCUCGAAAUACUUCAUCAUUCACAGUGCCGUGUUACAGUUGUCAUUAUGGACAGGGAUGCCCAAUUGCUUAGAAUAUACAUGAUGAACUCAGACUCUCCCAAUUUGCCAGAUGACUCACUCUGAAAUGAAUUCCACUGUUUUAUUGAUUGUGAAACGUCAGUUGGCUGGAGCGAUGUGGAUGAGUAGCCAGGCAGCCUCAAAUCUGGCAGCUCCAUGAUAUGUAGAUUAAACCAUCGUAUGAGUCGAGUCAAGGAAGAACAUACAUUUGCAAUCUUUUCCUUUAAAUAAUGCUAUUGUGUGUUUCCCAGUAGAGUUCUAUUUCCUUAACAAUAGAUUCACUUUAAUUACGGAACCCUGUUUAAUAUGUCAAAUUAUUACAUGGAAAAAAUGCUAUUAAAAGAUUUUACUGUAA